AACUCCGGAAGAGAUGGGUGGGCUGGGCAGACCUUAACGCAACCAGGCCGCCCCUCCUUUUCCAAGCCAAGACCAGCCAGAGAGGCGAUGGGAGCAGCAGGCCAACGCCGGAGCGGGAGCUUUUGCUUGGCCGGCUUCUUGCUGACAUUCUCCCUGGUGGCGCUGGGCCUGGCCUCCGAGAAGGCUGCCCCAAGGACACCUCGGCAGACCUCGGGGGAAGAGGCCGUGGGAAGCAGGGUGCCCGGCGUUUGGGGCAGCUGGGGAUCGUGGUCCGCUUGCUCGCAGCCCUGCGGCCUGGGGGUCUUGGAACGGACCCGGAGCUGCCAGUCCCCUUAUCAGCGGGACCCCUGGGCUGGCAGGACAGACGGGGCCCCUCCGCCAGCGGGCGCUCAGCAGCAGAGACCCCCCUUCAGGGACCGGCCACCUCGCCUGUCCGGACAGUGGCCGGCUUUCCCUCUGCGCUCGGACAGGACCUCUUGGUCGGCCUCGUCCGUCCACGGGGGAAACCCUCACGGCUCCACCAACCGCCAUGUCCGUCAGGAGGCCAGGACAGCUGUGGACAGAGCCCUGCCCGCCUCCCACGCCAAACCUCUGAGGGACCUCAACCCCUUCUUCGAGGCCACGCAAUCUUGGGGACCCCCCCGUGGCCGUGAAGGGUUCCUUGGCCAGCCCUGGCCCCAAAGGCCACCCACCGGUGGGGGGUCCAGGACCCCUGCCCAGAAAGUAAUCCCGUUGUACAAACCGGCGAGUCAGGGGGGCCGUGAUGGGGGCUCCAGCCAGGAAGAAGAGCCCCGAGGAAGCUGGCCUGAUGGCCACCCACUCAGCUGGGCAGCGUCUCCGAUUCCGGACUCCCAGGCAGCCUGGAGGUCCCGAGUUCGAGAGAGCAUCAAGCCUGGCAAAUAUGGCUACGGCCGGGUGCCCUUCGCCUUGCCCCUCCACAAGGAGCCAGCCGAAGAGAGCAGCCCCCGUUUUAAGCGGCACCACGGAGAGGAGACCGGGGAGCCCCAGCCCCCCUCCGCCCCCUCCCUGUCUCUCCUCCCUGCAGCCGAAAAGGAGCCGCCCAACUCAGCCUCCCCUUGGACCCCUGGCCAGACUCCGCCUGCAGCAGAAGGAGCCGCCUUCCCCGAGGACCCUGGAACGGCCACGGGGCGGAGCAGCAGGCCCUCUGGGGGAGGGGACUCUGCAGCCCCCAGCAGCCCUCCGGGCAGCAUCCCAGGAAGCCCCCCAGCACCCCAGGAAGCCCCUCCCUCCGUGCCACAUGCCAGCGGGAGCAGCCUGGCCGAGGAAGCGGCUUUGGCUCCUGCUGGGGGCUCCUCCUCUCGAAGACCCCCUCCCCCUGGCAGCCCCCCACCACACGCUCCAAACGACCCGCGCCAGGCCCCCCAAGUCCCCCAGGACCGAGACAAAGGGCCCGGGAGGGGGCCGAGUCCACGGGCCACACAGGGGCGCCCUCCCCGACAGCCCCCCAGGCUCGGCCUCGACCCCCACCUGCCCCCCAGCCGGGGACGUUCUCGGAACCAGAGGCAGCACCAGCCUCGGGGGAGUGGCCGUGGCCCCCGACCCUCACCCCACCUCUUUGUGGACCAGCCUGCGCCCCGUGGCCCCGCCGAGCCUGACCUCUGGCUGCUCCACGGGGGCAGCCCCGUCCCUUUGCACGCUGGGGGGCGGAGAGCCCAGGCGGAGCCCCCCCAGUGGAACCUCUACGCCCCCGGCACCGAGACCUUCCACUGCCCAGGGCAGAGCAGGCAGUUCAGGGCCUGCAGGCAACAGCCGUGUCCUCCGGAUCGGCCGGACCCCCGAGCUGUCCAGUGCUCUGCCUACAACGACCAGGAGUUCAUGGGACGCUUUUACCAGUGGGAGCCCUUCACGGACGUGUGGGGCUCCCAGCGCUGCGAGCUGAACUGCCGCCCCCUCGGCUACCGUUUUUACGUCCGUCACACGGAGAAAGUGCAGGACGGCACCCCCUGUGAGGCCUCGUCCCAGGACAUCUGCGUGGCCGGGCAAUGCCUCACCCCUGGCUGUGAUGGGAUCCUGGGUUCGAAUCGCACCCUGGACAAGUGUGGGGUCUGCGGAGGAGACCACACCACCUGCAAACUGGUGUCGGGCAACUACAGCGAGACCAACGUCCCCAUCGGCUACCACCGCAUCCUGCAGAUCCCGGCGGGGGCCGCCCAGAUCCAGGUCCGGGAAAUGUCCCGCAGCCCCAACUACCUGGCCCUCCGGACCCAGAACGGCCAAUCGGUCAUCAAUGGGAACUGGGCCGUGAACCCCCCUGGGCGCUACGAGGCAGCGGGCACCGUCUUCGUCUACAGUGACCGGGAAGAGGGGGAGCUCCUGACGGCCGAGGGACCCACCACCAAGGCCCUAGAUCUGUAUAUGAUCUUCCAGCAAGACAACCCCGGAGUGUCCUACCAGUUCUUGCUGGCUCAGCCGGAAGGUGCCCACCACAAUGCCCCGAGGCCUCUGGAGGAGUUUGGCGCUUCGGCCGCGGUGGAGCCUCCUGCCGGCCGGGCACGUCAGCUGCCCUCGGCCCCCAGGCGGCCCCCGGAUUCAGCCCAGCUGACCCCUUCUUCCGGCUCAUGGGGCAGCCCCCGCAAGGCCCCUCCCCCUCCUGUCCCAGCUAGCCAAUCGCGGAGGAGCCUGGAGACUCUGCAGCGCAGCGCCCGGGUGCCUCCCCUGCCGCCUCCCCCACCCCCCGCCCGGCCCCCCUCCGAGCCCGGCCAGGAGUUUGUCUGGAGGCGCCUCGGCAACACAGAGUGCUCGGCCUCCUGCGGGAAGGGUUCCUGGCAGGCCGUCUACCGCUGCGUCUCUCGCGCUUCCCAGGAGGAAGUCGGGGAAGAAAAAUGCCACCCGGUCCCCAAACCGCCUGGGCAGGAAGAGAUCUGCAACACGGAUCCCUGCCCGGCCUUCUGGGACGCGGGCGGGUGGUCGGCCUGCAGCAGAUCCUGCGGGCCAGGAACGCAGCACCGCCAGGUCCUUUGCCGGCAGAUCUACGCCAACCGCACCACCAUGGUGCACCCCCAGCGCUGCAGCCACCUGGAGAAGCCGGCGGCCACCCAGGACUGCCAAGUGCUCUUCUGCAGCCACUGGCAGGUCCAGUCCAACUGGAGCUCGUGCUCGGUCCUUUGUGGCACAGGCCACCGUACCCGCCACGUGCGUUGUGUCAGUAACCACGGAGAGCUCUUGAGGGACACCGACUGCCCGGACAUCCACCGGCCGCAGAGCACCGAGCCGUGCAACAUGGGCCCUUGUGUGCGGAGCUGGUUUUACAGCGACUGGAGCAACACAUGCUCGGCGGACUGCGGCACCGGCAUUCAGCGCCGUUCGGUUGUCUGCCUCUCCGGCAACGCGGACGGACAGGCGGAUGAAGACUGCGCCACUCCCAAGCCAGCCGAGAUGAGGGCUUGUGACGGAGGGCCGUGCCAGCGGGUGACUCGGUGGUACAAGGGUCCCUGGAGCUCGUGCUCAGCUGAGUGUGGCCCUGGGACGCAGAGGCGCGACAUCGUCUGUGUCAGCAAGCAGGGCACGCGGUUCAGUGUGACGGAGGCCUCCGAGUGCGCCCACCUGGAGAAGCCCCCUUCUCUCCAGCCCUGCACCGGGACGGACUGCGAGGCCCGCUGGUUUUCCACCGCCUGGAGCACAUGCUCCAGGUCCUGCAUGGGAGGCGUCCAGGCGAGAGAAGCCCAGUGUCUGACGCAGAAUAAGACCUUGAGCACCCUCUGCCUCCCCCACCUCAAACCGGCCACCAAGCGCCCUUGCAACAGCCAGCCCUGCCUUCCCUCGCUUGAUGGGAGCUGCCGGGACAAGUACCCCAACUGUGCGGUGAUCGUGCAAGCCCGGCUGUGUGUGUAUUCCUACUACAAAGCCGCCUGUUGCGUUUCCUGCUCACACGCGCUGGAGGCGACACGUGGAUGAGGCCGAGGGGGUCCGCCUCCCGCCCCCUUGCUCGCUCGAACGGGGGAGAGGACGAAAGGAGCCCAAGCCUGGGAAAGUGUUGCUUCGCCCCAGGACUCGAACCCCGCACCACGGCUGGCCCACUAGCAUCUAUCUCCCAUAAGGGAGUCUUUGUGGGGGGGGGGGCAUAACCACAGCCCCACAGAAGGAGCCAAGCUUUGCACUGGUUCCUCUCCAGCGGCAGGGAAGAGUGCAGAGCAAAUGGGGCACGGAUUGGCACAUGGACCUCGGAACUCCCCCCGGCUGUGGCCCAUGGAGGUUCAGAGCACCUGGAAGGCUUGGAACCCUUCUCCCACCCUUCCGCCUGCGGCAUGGGCCCUCACCUCCAGGGGCACCUCGUGAGGCCAACCACCGGACGUCUAUUAUAUUCUUGCUGCUGAUUUUACCUCCUGGACACACCAAAGUUCUUCUUAACAAAGAUUCAGGGAAAAUAAGAACAAGAAAACACACCGAGAAGGGAUCCUAUCGAGGGUCCGUCCUGGGAACCGUUUCCUGAAUUUGCAAACUUUAAUCUCUGGGAAGAAACACCUGCAGCUCCAGAUGCAGAAACUCUCAGCCGGAGAUUCGCCUCCCCUUCCCACAAUUGCGUAAAAGGGCGAAAAAGAUG